AACCACGAACAGGGCUAUGUGUGGAUUACAGUUUUCUCUGCCUUGCCUACGACUAUUUCUACUUGUUACGUGUUAUCUUGUGUUAUUAUUCCAUAAAGAGAUACUUGGAUGUUCGUCUGUUUGCCAGCUCUGCACUGGGAGACAAAUUAACUGCCGUAACUUAGGCCUUUCAAGUAUUCCUAAGAAUUUUCCUGAAAGUACAGUUUUUCUAUAUCUGACUGGAAAUAAUAUAUCUCAUGUAAGUGAAAGUGAAUUAACAGGACUUCAUUCUCUUGUAGCAUUGUAUUUGGAUAAUUCUAGUAUUGUGUAUGUAUACCCGAAAGCCUUUGUUCAAUUGAGGCAUCUGUAUCUUCUGUAUCUAAAUAAUAAUUUUAUAAAACGCUUAGAUCCUGGAAUAUUUAAGGGUCUUACAAACCUUCGUAAUUUAUAUUUACAGUCUAAUCAAAUAUCUUUUCUUCCAAGAGGAGUAUUUAAUGAUCUAAUUUCAGUUCAGCACUUAAAUUUACAGAGGAAUCGCCUCACUGUCCUAGGGAGUGGUACCUUUGUUGGUAUGGUUGCUCUUCAGAUACUUGAUUUAUCAAACAAUAAAAUUUCAAAGAUAUCAGACGCAGGCUUUCAACAUCUUGGAAACCUUGAAUGUUUGUAUCUAGAAGGUAAUAAUUUAACAAAGGUACCAUCAAAUGCUUUUGAAAUGCUUACAAGUCUUAAAAGACUUUCUUUGUCUUAUAACCACAUUGAAGCAAUACAGCCCUUUGCAUUUAAAGGACUUGUCAACUUGGAGUAUCUCCUCCUGAAAAAUUUAAGAAUUAGAAAUGUUACUAGGGAUGGGUUUAGUGGAAUUAAUAAUCUUAAACAUUUGAUCUUAAGUCAUAAUGAUUUAGAAAAUUUGAAUUCUGAUACAUUUGGUUUGUUAAAGAAUUUAAUUUACCUUAAGCUAGAUAGAAACAGAAUAAUCAGUAUUGAUAAUGAUACAUUUGAAAACAUGGGAUCGUCUUUGAAGAUCCUUAAUCUGUCAUUUAAUAAUCUUACAGACUUACAUCCAAGGGUCCUUAAGCCAUUGUCUUCAUUGACUCAUCUUCAGGCAAAUUAUAAUCCUUGGGAAUGUAACUGCAAACUUUUGGGCCUCCGAGACUGGCUAGCGUCUUCAGCCAUUGCUCUAAACAUCUAUUGUCAGAAUCCCCCAUCCAUGCGUGGCAGAGCAUUACGUUAUAUUAAGUGGACUGAUAUUACAAAUUGCCUUACAUCUUCGACAAAUGUAUCCAGAGCUUGGGCUGUAAAAUCUCUUCAUAUUCAUCACAAGACCACUGCGUUAAUGAUGGCCUGGCAUAAAGUAACUACAAAUGAGAAACGUUUGGAAAAUACUGAGACUGAGAGUGUUACUUUCUGGGAACGAAUUCGUACUUCACCUUCCAGUAGAUCUUUUCAAGAGAAUGCCUUUGGUAAUCCGUUAGAGACUUCUGCAGUAUUACCUGUGCAAAUACAGCUUACAUCUUCUGUGAACUUGACCUUGGAAAAAAACAGUGCUCUACCAAUUGAUGCUGCUUCAGUGUCAGGGAAAACAUCUCUAAUUUGUACACAAGAAGUUGAGAAGUUGAAUGAGGCUUUUGACAUUUUGCUAGCUUUUUUCAUCUUAGCAUGUGUUCUAAUCAUUUUUUUGAUCUACAAAAUUGUUCAAUUUAAACAAAAACUUAAGACACCAGAAAACUCAGGGGAAAAUAGACUUGAAUACUACAGCUUUUAUCAGUCAGCAAGGUAUAAUGUAACUGCCUCAAUCUGUAACACUUCCCCAAGUUCUCUAGAAAGCUCUGGUUUGGAGCAGAUUCGACUUAAUAAACCAAUUGUUCCUGAAAAUGAGGCACAGGUCAUUCUUUUUGAACACUCUGCUUUAUAAUGCAACUAAAUAUUAGCUAUAAGAAAACUUCAGUACCUUGGACAUAAUACAGCUUAA